AUGCGAUUGUUCGUACUAACUCUAGUGCUAACCUUUUUUGCAACAAAUUCCACACAAUCACUCCCAGUUGACACUAUAAAAAACCAAUCUAACCAACCAAUCCAGCCUAAUUUAGCUGAUCAACCCAAUCAACUCUCAUCAGCUGACCAAUAUGACAUAUUGCGGACCAACUCAUCAACAAGUCGAUCCAAUACACCUAGUGAUGAUACUAGUCCUAGUGAUAAUGCAGUUGAUGAUAGCAAAAAUGAAUUAAUGGUUCAGGCUCAAAAUACACUGUUUACUGACCCAAAACCCUCGUCAUUAUUUGGUGGCCAAUCAGCCUUUGCAAGCUCCGUAUCUAGGGAAUUGGAAAACGGAAUACCGAAAUAUGCGGCUAAAAAUGCAUUAACCAGAGGCUCUAACUACUGGAAAUCUGAACAAAAUUUAACAGAUAAGGAUGAGGUGUCAUUUGUCGUGACAUUUAAGCUACUAAAGGUGGUGGGAGGCACCGAUAUUGAAUGGGUUAAACCACCAAUUACAUAUUCAAUUAGCUGUUCAAUUGGAAAAAAUGCUGGAAUUGAUCACUGGGAAACAAUCGUUACAACAAUUAGUGGAGAAUCUAGCUACACAAAAUUUAGUGACUUUGUUAGGUGCAGAAAAAUCAAAUUUGUUAUGGUACCAAAUGAUUUUGUUGCUAUACGUAGUGUGCGAUUUGUAGGGGAACCUGAUGCUUUGUUCAGGAUUCAAUCGGGUAUUACCAGCGUACAGGACAUGUGCCUGCAGGUGGAUCAGACAGGAGAACUCAUCUUAUCCAGUUGCAUAAUCCCAAUAGCAAUGAAUUCUGGCCUUGAUAUCUUCAAGUUCAACUCAAAUGGCCAAUUAUAUUCACCUAUAUUGGAUAAAUGCGUAGUAGUCAAAUCCAGCAAUGAUAUUAUUGACUCCACGAAUAAUGGUAUGGGUGAGUUGGUCAUGAUGGGUGAUUGCACUGAAUACCUCGAUAAGGGCGGAUCAAUAUGGCAUUUAACUCCUCAAAAUCAAUUAUCAGUCGACAAAUCCGGCGAUUAUUGCUUAUCGCAAAGGGGAUCAAAGGCAGGAUACAAUGAUGUAGCGAUGUCGAAGCUAGUGUCAUCAUCAGACGAUUCAGAUGAAUAUCCCCCUUAUAAUGCUGUAGAUGGAAAUCCCACGACCAAAUGGCAGUCACGGCCCUUUGCUACGGAAAAGCCCUCUAUUGUAACACUUACUUUAGAUCUAAUGGAGGCUUACAAGGUAGAGAGAGUUGAGAUACUAUGGGAUUCAGCGCCUUUAACCUAUGAAAUACUCAUAUCUAACGUCGGAGAUGGCGAUAAUGGCACUAAGGGCGAUAAUGGCACUAAGGGCGAUAAUGGAGUGAGAUACAAAUUCGAAAGCGUCGUAGAAGUGAAAUCCAACAUAUUAGUUCACACACACAAUGAAAUAGGAGGUAUAAGUUGUCAGUUUGUAAAGAUUGUGAUGAAAAAUGGCCUAUCUGAACCAUCUAAUUCUCAAUAUUCUUGUUAUGGGAUCAGAUCUGUUGGCAUUUUGGCCAACAGAUUGACCACUAUUGUCGAAGAAUGUUCAAUUGCCAAAAAGUCAUAUGAUUCCCGAGACAAAUACUUUCUUGAAUCUAUUCAUCAAGUGGAUUUACACAAACUGGAUAGCGUUAGAUCAAAAUUGAAUUCCUUGAUUGGAGACAUCGAGAACUUAUCAUCAAAAUUGGAACAUCUACCCAUCGAUUUAUGCAAAAGGGAUAUUCUACAGAAGAGUGAGAAGAUAGAAUUUUUGGAGAGAGAGUUUGAGGUAAUCACGCAGAAUCUGGACAAACUACAUUACUCAAAUCCCGUAAAAUCUACAACAUUGGGCAUAUCAUCGGAUAAUCCUGGACGGGAUUGUUUGGAAAUUAAGAAUAACAACCCCCAAAUUCCAUCAGGAUUUUACUACAUCAGGCAUGAAUGUGCCACCAGUGCUAUUAGGGUAUAUUGCGAUAUGAAAAUGGGCUUGACUUACUUAGAGCAGCAAAUUGACAUUGAUUCAGUAAGCGUUAACGAUGCGGUUAAUAUGUGUAAGGCUGUGGGAUUGGAUGUAGUUAGGAUAUAUGAUCCGGCACAGGUUAGGGCCAUUCAGCACAUGCUCCAAGUUAUUAGUGCCGACUCAGAUGCUCUAUAUCCCGUGGCAUUUAUAUCAGAUGGAAAAUUUAAAUCAUUAGACCUUAAUACAGACUCCACUGAGGCACUUGAAAAUUUGGUUAAUCAUAAUGAUGGUGAUAACACGAUAGCUGUGUCCCGUGAUGCUAUCAUGGGUAUCGAUUCUACCACUAAAGAAAUGGCCGGAAUUAUAUGCGGCUUCUAUGGGCAACCAAUGAAAUCCAUAGAUUGCGUCACGACGAUGAAGAGUCUCAGUCACACACUAGGCAAUGAAUACCUGUUCUCUUGUCCAUCUGAUUGUCCAAAGAAAUUGGAUACAGAUAAAUUUAGGCUAGUAGGUGGGUUCGAGGCCCUAACUACAAACACUGGUGUUCAUAAAGCUUUCGUGUUCACGAUGGACAGUCCGUUGUGCCUUGCGGCUGCUGUUAAUGGCAGCAGGUACAUAAGGACUAAAGUUAUUCAGGGGCUGGAAAGUUAUGGAGGAUUCGUCGCUAAUGGCGUUGUGGCUGAAGCGGUAGAGGGCCAAAGAGGGGAAUUUGCCGUGGAAAUAUUGGGCCUAUGUAGCAACAGCAAAUCGGAUAACAUUCUUAGUAGUGGAAACACUACAAUUGGCAAAACAAAAAUUAGUGGAACAAGUGAAAUACCUAAGGCUGCCCCCAGGAAGGAUACUGGCAUCGGAGAUAGCGCUAGUGAUGGAAAGAUGACAAAUAGUAACAACGUGCAAACAGAUAAUGAACUCGAUUCCACAAAUACAACCGACUACAAUAUUUAUAACCAUGAGAAUGAUGAAUAUUAUAACAACACAAAUACUCAGCGCCAAAUGGGAUUAUUAGUGAGAUUGUUCGAUAAAUCUAUCCAAGAAAUUAGCAACUCCUUCAUAAAUCUGCUAAGUACCCACGUCAAUCAUAUACUACACAACACCAGAAGCCUGUUAAUACCCACCCUCUUUGCAUACCAAAGAAAUGAUAAAAACUUGCUAAAUCUGGAAAGAAAAUUCACUGAAAUUCAAUCCAAAUUGGAUUUGGCUACUACAUACCUUGUCAAUAAGGCCAAGGAAUCGCAUGAUCAAUACAGGACUGUUAAACAGAAAUAUGACAAACACCAAUCGUUUCUCUCAUGGUCAAUAAAUCAGCUACAAAACUUUAAUAUGGAAUUUGGUUAUUUGGGCAUUGGCAUUUGGGAAGUGAAUGAUCAGACAAUCCAGUAUUUUAAUGACCAACAAACAAAUCCACAACAAUUGAAGGAUAGAUCCACUUCAAUUUGUGUCAAAAGGGACAAAAAUCUCUUUGAUUUCAUAUAUGUAGCCACUGUAAAGUUUGUAGGCAGCGGGUCUGCUGGCCUGGUCUUUAGAUUUCAAAAUCCAACCAAUUACUACUUGGUACAAUUGGUUCAGAAUGCGGACAAUGAUGGUGAAAUGUAUAAGAGAUUGGUGAGAGUUCAAGAUGGCAUUGCCCAUGAAUUAGCCCGUUUUAUCAAUAUUAAUGAACCCUCACCAGAUGACAACUCCAACGAAGACGUAACGAUCAGAAUUGAAGCUAGAAGAGAGAAAUUGGGAGUUAGUUUUUUGAAGCACACAAGUGAUAUAUAUUCAACUCCGCCCUUUGAUAUAAAUGUCAUUGAUGAUGGGCUGCUGAGUGGCACUUUUGGAUUUACGGCCAGUUCACUACCCAGAGUUACAUUUUCAAAUGUUAACAUCGAGGCAUUGAACUGCAUAAACAAUAUUUAUACAUCACCGAUUUCAAAAACCUGCACUACAUACAAUGUUGAAGACAUUGUUACCGACGAUUGGAUAUCACUACCUCCGGGGAAGGUUGAAGUGUCAAAUAUGCCAAUUUACUCGGCACAAUCUAGCGUAUUAGAAAAUAAUUUGGAUAAUAAACAUUUUUUUGGUGGGAAUAAGAUGAAAUCGUUAAUAAUGAGAGACCUUGGUGAUAACAGAUACUACCUUUUGGGAAACAGAAGAAGCUGCCUUUUCGGCGACUUCCACUUUCACAUCUUUUUACAGUGCACUGACGGUUAUGCAGGUGGCGUUGUCAGGUUUAGCAAUGCAAACAACUAUAUCACGUUUCUAACUUCAGCCACUAAUAGUAAAUUGAUGCAAGUUACCGACGGCAUUCCUUAUGAGCUAGCGACUUCUUCCAUUAGAUUAAAGAUCGGCCGAUGGUACAAAGUUAAGAUCAGCAUGACUAAACGGGAUGAUCAGCUUUAUAUCAGUGUGUUUAUGGACGAACAAUCACUAGCUGAUGAUACCACGCAUGCUAAUAGCAAUGUUUUCAGCAAAAGUACCACUAUUACUAGCAAGAAUAAGCACCAACUUUUUACAGUUGGUUUGACAAAUAGGGGCUGUAAGGCGGUAGCGUUUACCAAUAUUUCACUGGAAAGGAAUUCCAGUAAUGGUGCUUCCUCUUCUAAUAAUAAGUCACUCCUUGCAUUAAAGUUGUCGAGGGAAGGGGCCAAUUUGCUAUCAUUGUGCCUAGAGCAUUCGAUAAACGCUUGUGCUGGAGACGUGGAAUGUUGCAAGAAUUGUUGUAUCACAGCGCAAGGUUAUUCAACAAAGGCUGGGAAUGAGUGUGAAUAUUCCUGUGCCAAUGGUACAAUGAAAUCGUACAAUGACAAUGAAUCUGUUGGAGGAGACAGAAUAUAUAAUAAUAGCGAACUUUGA